CUUUAACGAACUUCGCAAAGAGCACAGUGCAUCAAUGCUUGCAGGGUGUAUGUUCCAGAACCAGGAACGCUUGGUUACCUAAAUGGACAAGUUUUGGAGUCGUGAAGAAACUUACUCCACUCUGUCUCCCAAGAGCAGCUACCGUGGGAAAAGCGGUGAGACAAGUUGCGACAACCUGGGGCUCUGGUUCUUUGGGUUCGUGCUUGGUGGAGCUCUCCUUAUUUGUAUCGUCUGUGCGCCUCGAGCAAAUGGAGUGACUGCUCUUACGAAGGGAUAUGCGAUCACACACUCCUUUGUAGGUGAUGACUUCUUCUCGCACUGGUCAUUUUACGAGGGACAGGAUCCAACCCACGGAACGGUGCAGUUCACCUCUUUUGAGGAGGCAAGCAGCGAAGGCUUGAUCUCUGCCUCCUUUGAUCGAAUCUAUAUGGGUGUAGAUGCGACGAAGGUCUUGAGUGGUUGGGAGGGGCGCAAAGCAGUUCGGCUUGAGUCGAACGAGUGGUUCCGGGACGGGCUCUUCGUGCUUGACCUCGACCAUGCACCCGUGGCCUGUGGCGCUUGGCCAGCGUUUUGGAUGUAUGGGGAGGACUCUCAGCAUGCUUGGCCCCGAUGGGGAGAGUAUGACAUCCUAGAAGCCGUUCACAACCAGAGCUUCGCCACGACUACGCUACACACCCGAGACCAUUGUGAUCAGAGCAGUGUGAACAAAGACACAGACUUUUCUGGUGGGCAAUGGUCCGCAAACCAGCAGGGCGGGCCCGCCAAGAAUUGCUUUGUGCAGGCUCCUAACGAGUUCACGAACCAGGGAUGUGGCCAGAAGCAGCCGUCUGGCUCCUGGGGCAAGGCAUUAAAUCAGGCUGGAGGUGGAACAUGGGCCGCUGAAUGGGAUCCUGACAAACGAGUCAUUCGCACAUGGUUCUUUCGAAGGGGCCAGGAGCCAGCUGACCUCAUGCGAAAGCAGCCAGUGCCUGACAACUGGGGGUUGCCGACUUCGUUCUUCACCUUGCACUCCCAGUUCUGUAGCCCGGGGCACUUCAAGCGAAUGCGACUUGUAUUCGACACAACCUUCUGUGGUGACUAUGGUGACCCAACCUUUUCCAGCAACUGCCCCAAUGCAGGCAUGUCAUGCCACGACUUUGUCCAGAAGAAUCCCAACGUUUUUGCGGAAGCAUUCUGGUCCAUCCGGGUCCUUGAUAUCUACAGACGACCGAGCGAGUCGCCUGGAGUUCUUUCGGCUCCUGAAGGAAAACAAUAUGAACAGUUGAAGCAAUCAGGAUCAGGAGGAGGAGGCGGAAGUGGAUGGAUCUUUGCCGCUCGAAAGCAAAUCAGGCUCUCAUGUUUUGGGCUCUCGCAUCUUCACAUGAAGGGCUGUGUUGUAGACGUUAUCCGCCCAAACUAGAGCACACCUCCGAUUGGUUGAAGCUGUAGCUUGGCUUUGAAAGCAUUAGAAACAGGUUUUUGAAGUGUUGGUGAGCUUUGCGUGCAGUGCGCAGCAAGCCACAACAAAAACUCAACAUACCCGUAGCCGC